CGGCCCAACAUGGCGGCAGGAGGCGAGGAAGGGCCGGCGGCGGAGCCGGAGGCAGCCGUGGAAGAGACGGAGGCGGCGGUGGAAGAGUCGCGGAGCUUCAAGGACCUGGGAGUGACAGAUGUCCUAUGUGAAGCUUGUGACCAGUUAGGAUGGAAGACGCCAACAAAGAUCCAAGUUGAAGCUAUUCCAGUGGCUCUCCAAGGCAGAGAUAUCAUUGGUCUGGCAGAAACUGGCUCUGGAAAAACAGGAGCUUUUGCUUUACCAAUUCUUCAAGCACUGCUGGAAACACCUCAGCGAUUAUUUGCUCUUGUCCUCACACCAACAAGGGAGCUGGCGUUCCAAAUCUCAGAGCAGUUUGAAGCUCUUGGAUCCUCCAUUGGUGUCCAAAGUACGGUUAUUGUGGGUGGAAUUGACACAAUGUCUCAAUCUCUGGCCUUAGCCAAGAAGCCACAUGUUAUAAUUGCAACCCCUGGCCGACUAGUUGAUCAUCUAGAGAACACAAAGGGCUUCAACUUACGAGCUCUGAAGUUCCUGGUGAUGGAUGAGGCCGACCGGAUCCUUAACAUGGAUUUUGAGACAGAGGUGGAUAAGAUACUGAAAGUGAUUCCUCGAGACAGGAAGACAUUCCUAUUUUCUGCUACCAUGACCAAGAAGGUUCAAAAACUCCAGCGUGCAGCUCUAAAGAAUCCUGUUAAGUGUGCUGUUUCUUCCAAAUAUCAGACAGUUGAAAAACUUCAGCAAUACUACAUUUUCAUCCCCUCCAAAUUCAAGGACACCUACCUGGUUUAUAUUUUGAAUGAAUUAGCUGGAAACUCUUUCAUGGUAUUCUGUAGUACGUGUAACAAUACCCAGAGGACUGCUCUGCUACUCCGCAACCUGGGGUUCACUGCCAUUCCUCUCCAUGGGCAAAUGAGUCAGAAUAAACGCUUGGGCUCUCUAAACAAGUUCAAGGCAAAGGCACGUUCUAUUCUACUGGCUACUGAUGUUGCAAGCAGAGGUCUGGACAUCCCACAUGUAGAUGUGGUGAUAAACUUUGAUAUUCCUACACACUCUAAGGAUUACAUUCAUCGUGUGGGAAGAACAGCUCGAGCUGGAAGAUCUGGCAAAUCUAUCACCUUUGUCACACAGUACGACGUAGAGCUGUUCCAGCGCAUUGAACACCUGAUUGGUAAGAAGCUGCCAGCGUUCCCCAUGCAAGAGGAAGAAGUUAUGAUGCUGACAGAGCGUGUGGCUGAGGCCCAAAGGUUUGCUCGAAUGGAGCUGAGGGAGCAGGGGGAGAAGAAGCGAUCUCGGAAUGAUGAUGAUGACACGGAAGAAGCUCUUGGGGUCAGGAAUAAGGUGGCAGGUGGGAAAAAGAAGAAGAGGAAAGCCUUCUAGUUCAGUAUUUGGACAAUUUAAAAAAGUUAUAUGGUUACAUGAGUUUGGCAAAACUGGUCUACCAAGACAUCUCCAGUGGAUAUUCUUCAGAACUGCUUCUGAACUUGGACAGUCCACCAGGAGGACAACUUCCUCUCCUCAGCUUCACCAGUUACAGAUAGACUGAGCUUGGACCAGUCUUCCUGUCAGAGACACCAGACUAUCACCUCUGUCCCUGAACGCAGCUGUGCUCUGGCCCUACUCAUUCACAGAGGUGCAGUGUGGGUGCAGCUUUCCCACUGCUGCAGCCUGUCUCACUGCCCAAACUCACCAAGUUCAUCUGAGGUUGGAUCUGAGUGUCAGAAGAAAGAGAGGAAGAAGCUAAAAGAAGCAACUGAGUUUCCACAGCAUAACUGUGACAUCCUUACCUUAGUAAAGGGACGUUUGAUGUGGAGAACUCCAAAUAUAUUUUGCUGAAUUUUAAA